GGCUUGGCCGAAGUACAUUGUGCUUGCGCUCGAAUUACACGUGAACGUUGUUAAUUCAUUAAAACAAUGGUCCGAAUCAGCGUCCUAGCCGAUGCGCUGAAGUGCAUCAACAACGCGGAGAAGCGCGGCAAGCGCCAGGUCCUGAUCCGCCCCAACUCAAAGGUCGUCAUCCGUUUCCUGACCGUGAUGAUGAAGCAUGGCUACAUCGGUGAGUUCGAGAUCGUGGAUGACCACCGUAGCGGAAAAGUUGUCGUCAAUCUUACUGGCCGUCUGAACAAGGCUGGAAUCAUCUCGCCCCGGUUCGACACUAAGGUGAACGAUCUUGAACGCUGGACCAACAACCUGCUGCCUUCCCGUCAGUUCGGCUACGUCGUGCUCACCACUAGCGGUGGCAUUAUGGAUCACGAAGAAGCCCGUCGGAAGCAUCUCGGUGGCAAGAUUCUGGGAUAUUUCUUCUAAGCGUAAGCAUGGGGCGGAAAAUUGAAGAAAACCUGGUUCAUCUUCAGGAAAAAUUGUUUUAUAAACAUACGCAUUCUGCACCGAUAUUUGGAAUGUAAACAACCUCACCGGAUGAUCGGAAAAGCUUAGUUAUAAGCGAGAAAAUGCGGAAGUAAAUAAAAGGAAAUGUCCAAAAUGAACGUC